CGUUACCUGCUGCCUGCUGCCUGCUGCCUGCUGCCAGCUGCCUACUUUGGUGGCUAUGAUGAGCCUGAGCUAGUGCUAAGGCCGGCAUUUGAUCAUAUCGCGUUCGCUUUGACGAAUUGACGUACGGAUAGUUUGGUUGAAAAGUUUAGCGGAAAAUUGCAACGCGGAAAACAAACAUUUUGCUUGACAAAUAUAACUAAGUGCCGUCGCUAAAACAUAAGUGUAACUGUAAUGAUCGGCCGAAGGUGUGAAAAUUUUAUAAAACGUGUAGUGCAGUAGUGCAAUAAAAAAAAAAACGAAAAAAAAAUUGAAUAAGUUUUUCGAAAAAGUGUUAAAAUACUGAAACAGCAAAUGGACAACGCUUAAAAUAUUGCUAUUCAAUGCUUGAGAAGAUAAGAAAUUGAAAAUUUAGAGCAUUUAAGUGAGCAUCAAGUGAAAAUUUAAAAACAUAUCGUGAAAUGAAAGAAUUCAAAUAAAACUAAAUUAAAACUAUUUAACAAACGCAAAACUGAAAGUGAUCAACCAAUGCAGGAACAUCGCAAACGACACCAUUUAGAGAAUUGAAUGCAACUUGUACUUGCAUAUCAUCCAACUCUUUAAGUUAUGGAUCGUAUUUGAAAGACGAAAAAAGUUUCUUUCUAUGUUUUGUUUUAUACUGAGUGUUAAAGACAUUGAAAACGGAAUUUUCACUCAUAUACAUACAUACGUACAUACAAAGGCAGACUAACACAAAACCUCAAAUCGAAUCGGAGAACAUACAUACAAUCAAUGAAUCAUUCACAUUUUCCAUAUAGGACCACAAACUAGAACAAAAAAGCAUUUCGGAGUGUAAAGAGCACAAAAAAAAAAAUUGUUAAAAGUAAAAGAAUUCGAAGUGCUAGUGAAAGUGCACAAUAUACUAGCGCCCAAAAACAUACCUUGAAAAAUGCGCGAAUAUCGUAGACACAUACGCAACCUCAAUUUCAGUCUACAACUACUGGUGCGUGCGCGUCCCAUUUGUGCGCCGACUUGUGCACAACAGCAAAAAAAAGAUAAAUCAAUUAAUAUAAAUUAAAAGAUUAUAGAUUUCAAUAGUAAAUAAUUCGUGCGGUGAUUUAAACAUUUUCAAUUUGCUGAAUUGAACUCAAAUCCACGCGAAUUUCUCACCGACGCCGUCGGUGACGAGAACAACUAUCAAGAUGUCGGCGCAAACGAGCACUUGCAACGGCUUCUUUCAGGAGCAUGCAAAUAGUGCGUUAAAUCAAUAUUUCCAGCAGUUGAAUUCGAAUGCAGCUGCAGCAGCGGUUGCUGGCAUGAGCAGUAGCAAUAACAGCGAUAGUAGCGCCAAUGAGGGAGGCAGCGGCAGCGUGACUGGGUCGUCGAUGGAGGGUAAUCGGAGCAGUGUUAGCAGCAUUGAUUCAACGAAGUCGGUAAAUAGCAAUGGCAGUAGUGGCAAUGCUGCAACACAAUGGAAUAGCAUGCAACAACAUCAGGCGCAGCAGCAACAAGCGCAACAACAACAAGCGCAACAUCAACAGCACCAUCAUCAUCAGCAGCAACAACAACAGCAAGUACAGCAGCAGCAUAUGCAGCAGCAUCAGCAACAUAACUCACAUCAGCAGCAGCAGCAGCAGCAACAAAAUCAUAAUCAUAAUCAACACCAGCAACAGCAGCACCAACAACAGCAACAGCAAUCCCAGCAACAGCAGUCUCAUCACCAACAACAUCAUCAACAGCAACAGCAACAGCACACACACCAACAACAACAGCAACACCAGCAACAGCCACAACACCAACAACAGCAUCAGCAUUCAUCAGCCGCCGCUGCCGCCGCAGCACACAACCAACUCUCCGCACUAAGCCAAACACUCUCACAAAAUUUAGCCGCCGCAGCUGCCGCAUCCAAUGCCUCAACCAACACUAAUCCACACUCCAUCUUCGGUACUGGUAAUUUCCAUUACAAAACCAACAACUCGUGGACAAUACCCACUCUGUCUUGCUAUCAGCGUCUCUACAAUGAGAAUCAGCAACAUUAUCAUCGACAAUUCGGCAACAGCAACGGUAAUGGUGGCAGUGGCGCAAGUGGUGGUGGCUCCAAUGGCGGCGCAGGCUCAGGUGCUGGCGGUAAUUCAUCCGAUCCGCAAACACUUUCAGCACAAGCGUCUGUCGGUGGUGGUGGUGGUGGUGGCAAUAGCCUUGGUAGCUGUAAUGCAAAUUCGGCGGCAGCAGCAACGGCGGCUUCCGUACAACAUGUUGCCAAUGCAGUGGCGGCGGCUGUGAUGGCCAAUGAGCAACAUCAAAGUCAUUUAAAUAGUUUGAAGGCGCGUUUCCAGACGUCAGGUAAUGCAGGCAGGAAAUCUCCAUUUUUGGGGUUCAUUUGCAAAACAAACGGCAAAUCCUCAUCGAAUAAUAAAGAUGUUAUCUGCGGCGAUGAUAAAUACAAAGAGGAAGGUGAUCUCUGGAAUGUGGAGGCCCAAACCGCAUUUCUCGGACCAAAUUUGUGGGAUAAAACUCUGCCGUACGAUGCCGAUCUUAAGGUAACACAAUAUGCAGAUUUGGAUGAAUUUUUAUCGGAAAACAAUAUACCUGAUGGCUUGCCUGGCACCCAUUUGGGACACUCAAGUGGUUUGGGGCAUCGAUCAGAUUCAUUGGGUCAUGCAGCUGGACUGGGACUGGGUCUCGGUCAUAUAACGACGAAACGUGAACGUUCCCCAUCGCCAUCGGAUUGUAUAAGUCCGGAAACAUUGAAUCCACCAUCGCCGGCCGAGUCAAUAUUUGACAUUUCAGCUUUCUCCUUUGCGUCAUCGGGGCGAGAUUUCGAUCCGCGCACCAGAGCAUUCUCCGAUGAAGAGCUAAAACCGCAACCGAUGAUUAAAAAAUCACGCAAACAAUUUGUGCCCGACGAACUGAAGGAUGAUAAAUAUUGGGCACGUCGUCGGAAGAAUAACAUUGCCGCUAAGCGAUCACGUGAUGCGCGCCGCCAGAAGGAAAACCAAAUAGCGAUGCGUGCUAGAUAUUUGGAAAAGGAAAAUUCGACACUACAUCAAGAAGUGGAACAGUUGAAACAGGAAAAUAUGGAUUUGCGUGCGCGUCUCUCAAAAUUCCAAGAUGUGUAAUGUUAAGCAGUACCACCACCCUAAUAUUUACAUAUAUACAUAUACAUAUAUAUAUAUAUAAUAAUAUGUAUGAAACAUACAUCCAAAUAUAAAUAUACAUAUAUGCGUAUAGAAAUGUGUAUAUAGACCUCCAAGAGAAAUAAAAUAAAAAACAAAUGCAACAACAACAACUACAAACACAACCACCAAUCUUCAAUGCAACCAACCGGGCAACCAAUAUACAUAUGUACAUACAUAUAUGUACACAUAAUAUAAAUACAAAAUAAUAAUUAUUAGAUAAAUGCUAUUUAACAACAAGAACAACCACAACAACAGCAGCAGCAGCAGGAACAGCUAUCAUCGACUGUCAAAGGGCAUAUUAGCAUGUUCUAUGUACUCGCUCACACACCCCUCACACAUACACAUAUAUAUAAUUCAAACAAUUGGACACACAUACAUACAUACACACAUAUAUACAUAUAUACAUAGAUAUAUGGCGAACCAGUGCAUGUGCAAACUUAAAUAUACAUACAUAUAUAGAAGAACAAAGUUUAUUAAAUGCAGCUUAUUAUUAGAGCAAAAAGAAGCAGUAAAUAAGCAUACACACAUACAUGCAUGCAUGCAAAUAAAAGUUUUUAAGUUCAAUUAAAAAUCGGUAGAAAAAUACAUAAAUGUAUAACUUAACAGAAACUGAGUAAAAUUAGAAUAUAUAGUACAUAUAUCUAUAUAAAUGACAACUACAACAACAAUAACAAACUCCCUCAAAAGCUACAGCAACAAAAAAAAUGAAAAUAUGUGUACAUAAGACAAAGCAAAUAGAAGCAUAUUUAUUAAAAUUAAAUAUACACACAUUCUUACAUACAUACACCUAAGUACAUGCAUACAAUAUGUACAACUGCAAAAUAGAAAUCGUGCAAAAACUCCUAAAUUAACCGUUAAUAAUAAAAACAAUUAAAAACAACUAAAGUAAAUAAGUCAUUUAUCAAGCAACAGAGAAGAAGAAGAGUAAUAAGAAGAGGAAGUGGGGAAAAGAAGAAGAGGAGUCAAAGAACUUUAAACAACUAACAGGUAGCAAAGGCGCAUUGGCUGGUGGUGGAGGAGGCACGCAAAUUAAGCAACAUACAUAUACACACAUCCACUAAGUUGAAAUAGUUAGCCCACAACAACAACAGCAACAACAAACGAGAAA